AAAGAAUGUGAUAUUAUAAUGGACACUCCACUGUCAGGCAGUCAAGAAACAGAAAGAAUUUAUUUACCAUUAUGGGCAUGGUGUUAUCUCACAAUAACUGGAAUAUUAUUUGCCUUUGUACUGACAGCCUUAUGCUAUACUCGUAAAUGGUUGUGCUUUAGACAUUUAGUUCAGAGGCGUUGGUGUAGAAAAAAUGCUGAUAGUAUUCAGAAAGGCAUAUAUGGAUAUGAAAAACAAGUCAAUUCAACGGAUACAAGAGAGAAAGAAUCGCGAUAAUUCGGCAGAAGAUGAAGCAUACAUUUGAAUAUGAUUAUUUUGUUGAAUUAAAGUAAGAGUAAACAGACAAUGAACAUUGAAUGUUCCUUUUAGAUUCAAAUAUAGUUUUCAUAGCAAAUAAAUAUUACAGGAUAGAUUUUAUUAUGAAGAGACUCUAACUUUAAAACCUGUCAAGGUCAGGUUUCAGAACUAGCAAGCUACAAUUCAACAUCUU